AUGGACCGCCUACCCUGGCAAAGCGCAGCAGCGGACAUCUGUGUUGCAGUCAUCGACAAGACCAAGCUCAUGCCGCUCAGUGGGCGGCGGACCCAGCACGCGGCGCAGCAGACAGCAGAGGCAGCAGGCCUCACCUUCGCCGGCCAGCAGCUGGCGGCAGUCACCAGCUUCAAGUAUCUCGGCAUCGCCUUUCACUCCAGCACCUGCCUGGCAGGGGCAGCAGCGCCAGCCCGGGCACAGCUGGCGCGCCUGGCUAUGCACAACUGCCGGACCCGCUGCGCAGAGGUGGGCAUCGAGGCGGCGCCCGUCCAGCUGCGGCUUUUCGGCACCAUGGUGGACUCGGUGCUGUCCCAUGGUGCUGAGGUGUGGGGCGUGCAGCUGGCGGCCAAAGCGGCGUGCUGCCAUCGUGGCAGUGCCGGCAGCGCGGCCGAGAAGCUGCAGCUCAGCUACCUACGCCACCUGCUGGGGGUCCGGCAGAGCACCCCCAAUGCGGCCCUCCUUGCGGAGACUGGCGAGCGCCCGCUGUGGCAGUGCUGGCUGCGGCGGGCAGCCAAACUCUGGAACAAGACGCUGGAGGAGCGUCCCGGCAGCCUGUUGCAGCAAGCGCUGUUGUCCAGCGUGCAGCUCGCAGAUGGCGCCCACCCCCUGGCACACACUAGGCUGUGGAAUGGAGUUAUUAUUCUGAACCCCCCUUACCCCGCCGUUUCCCUGCACUUCAAGCAAGAGAACUGA